AUGCUAUUAGUCAGGCAGUUAAGAACUGCAGGGAGAGUUGCCUUAGUAAAUAGCAGGUUGAGAUAUACCAGCACGCUUCAGUCUCAGAAAGAAUUCCCUCAGUUGUCUCCUUCAACAGUACAGACAGGUUCCUUCCAUCCAAUCGCACCAGAAGACAGCCACUUGCGUAGAGAAGAUGUCGAUGCCUUUACUACCGUCAGUGAUAAACUAUCGAGGCAUACUAUCCAGGCGAUCACCGUAUCCCCUCACAAACAUACAAAAAUGUCCCCAGUACAGUCUGCUAUCUUCAAUUUAUUACCUAGUUUAGUAGACAAUCAUUCAAAAGACAGAAAGGAUCUCUUCGUCAAAUCAAAGACCGGUACAGGUAAAACAAUGGCCUUCUUAGUACCGGCGAUUGAAGCACGUGUGAAAGCAAUCAAAGAAGCAGGCGAUGCAGCUGGCGACAAUGAAAAGGCUAAAUUAAAAGCCAGCAAAGUCUUUGCGAACAGUUCAGUCGGUGCCGUUAUCGUCAGUCCAACAAGAGAAUUAGCUACUCAGAUAGCAAACGAAGCUAUCAAGCUUUGCACUCAUCACAAGGGUUUCCAAGUUAGACUUUUUGUUGGUGGUGCAAACAAAGGAAGACAACUUUCUGAAUUCAAGAAUGGCAGAGCAGAUAUCGUCGUCACCACUCCAGGGCGUAUGAAUGAUGUUCUCCAAACAAGCCCAAUGGUCAGAGAGGCAUUAAGCACCUCCCCAAUGCUUAUCCUCGAUGAAGCCGACACUCUUUUGGAAAUGGGCUUUAAAGACGAGCUCAACGCCAUUAUUGAUCAUUUGCCAAGUCAUCCAACACGUCAAUCAAUUUUAUUGUCAGCUACUCUCUCUCCAGCUAUUAGAACAGUUGCAAAAUCUAUUCUAAAGUCAGACCACUUGUAUAUAGACACCGUACCGGAAGGAGAGAGCAACUCACACGCAAAGAUUCCCCAAUACUACUCUGCGUUACCUAAUCCAAGUCAUCAGUUACCACACUUACUCAGAUUGAUAGCCCACGAUCAGUUGACAAAUCCUAAGUCAAAGAUCAUGAUCUUCUGCCCAACCACUAAAAUGACUAUGCUUUAUUCAACGAUUUUCAGAGCGUUAUCAAAGGAAUUACCAACUAAAGCCAACGUUUUUGAAAUUCAUAGCAAGAGAACUAUGGAACAACGUAGCAGAGCAUCAGAAUUAUUCAGAAAAGAUAAAACAGAUAGUAGUUUACUCGUAACUUCUGAUGUCAGUGCAAGAGGUGUCGAUUACCCUAACGUCACCCGUGUUAUUCAAAUAGGUAUACCACCAUCAGCAGACCAAUAUGUUCACCGUAUUGGUAGAACUGGUAGAGGAGACAACAACGCCGGUAGAGCCGAUUUCAUUAUGGACUACUACGAAUUACCUUUCUUAACUUGGCAACUCAAUCAACACAACAUAAUUGAUAACCCCGCCAAAGAGUUUGUAAAAGAAGUUACCCAAUUGGCUGAGAGCAGUGGAAAACAAGGCGCUCUUGAUAAAGUCAAUAAUAUUGAAAACGCAGUAAGCGAUCUCAUUUCACAAGUUGAUGAAUUAGCAGUUAGAGAAACUUUCGCAAGCCUUCUCGGUUAUUACAUGCCAAAAGCUGGUGUUUUGCGCACCACUAAAGGUGUUGUCAUCGAAGGUCUCAAAUCCUGGACUACUGAUGCUAUGGGUCUGGAAAAGCCUCCUUACAUUUCUGACCUCUUUUUAAAAAAGCUCGGUCUGACAGACAACCGUACACAGAAAUUCGGAAAUAGAGAUAGAUAUACCGGUUCUGAUUCCAAAGAGUAUUAUAGCGUAGCACAAAAAAAUGGUGGAAAAGACAGAGGUUUACGUUACAAUAUUGACGGUAAACAGAAGUUCAGAGGUCCAGAUAAGGGUACACUGAGAAGUGAAUGGGACAAGCGUGGUCUGUACGGUAAUAGAGGACAAGGAAGGCCACCAUCUGAACGCAACAAGCCAGAGUUGAACGCUAAUGAAUUCAGAGGUGCACCAUCCUUUUCAACAAGAAAUAUCGGCAGUCGCAGCAAUUUUGAUAGGCCUAACCGUAGCUUCGACAAACCUAGAGGCAGAAGACAAUACAUGACUAGUGCACACCCAACCAGAGCAAUCUACAAGCCAAAUGAGAGAGAGGAUUCUCAAAAACCAAAAGUGAGAAAUACCAUACCAAGAGCGCGAGUAGAAUCUCAUUACCGAUUAGUAGAAAAAGCUCACUAGGAGACGUAGGAGAGAAGUUCGCGAUUUCAACACUCGUCGGAAAGUAAUCCAAGACUCCAUGCAAAAAUAGACAAAAAAUGGAACAAUAUCCUUUUAUAGAUUUCAGCACUCACAACUCCUUAGAUAUAUUAUCAUCAUUGCAUGUGUAACUAUUUAUCAGUUUUUAACUUAUUAGAUGCAUUACAGUUUUACAAU